AUGCUCCUAAAAACGACGUCGUCGGGACUGCUCACUACUAUUGCCAUUGGCAAAACAUUAAACAAAUGCUUCCUUACCAAAGCCGCAAGUCCCGCAACUCUGCGUUUGGCGCGUAGAUUUCACUGCUCCCUACCCAGAAAAACGACAAAGAAGAUGGUGACGCUGAUCGUGGCGACGACGACCGACCCGGCCUCCAUCAACCCGGCCAAUGCCCUCCUAGCCAUGCCCGGCUGGGACCCGACCCCUUCUUGUUUACAGGAUAUGAAGGGGUUUGGCAAUGGAGCAGGAGGAGUUAGGGUUUUGCUGCACAACAAGGGGAUAGUGGAAGAAGACGACUUGGACAGGCGGUGGGAGGAGGCCACAGGCGAGCGAGUCGAUGAGCUGAUAUUUCUGAGCAAGCACACCGCCGUCUCGAACCGACCUGCCCUGACCGUACACCCGAUCGGGGUCCCUCAUCUGCGUCCUGGUGACUCUGCGCCGCAAGGUGGGAGGCCUGGUUGGGCCGCGCCCCCAAGUCCGCGCAUUGGGCCCUGGCUCAGGCACUUGAAGGAGCUUGCCCAAGCCCACAAUUUGGUUCCUGAGUUUGAGAUAACUUUGGAGGGCACACAUCAUGGACCGAUCACAAAUACACCUACUAUGUUCCUGGAGAUUGGCAGUACAGAUGAGUACUGGAAGAGGCAGGAUGCAGCUCAAGUUAUUGCUCUAUUAGUUUGGGAAGGACUUGGGCUUGGAGGGGGAGCUGCUGUGGGAAACUGGAAUGGGGAGAAGGAUAAGAAUAGAGUUCUUCUUGGCAUAGGUGGUGGACAUUAUGCACCUCGGCAUAUGGAUAUAGUUCUGAAAGAUGGUGUGUGGGUGGGCCAUCUACUGUCGGGUUAUUCCUUGCCAAUGGAAGAUCCAAGCCAGUCCAAAGCAGAAACAAAUACAAAAGAAAUUGGUGGAACUUGGAGAGAAGCAAUCAAAGCAGGAUUUGAGGCUACGCAAUCAGCUUUCCCUGAUGGGGAAAUUCUAGCUCAUCUCGAUCACAAGAGUUUCAAAAGCUGGCAAAAGAAUGCUAUAACGGGUUUCCUAGGCGAGCAGAACAUCAAAAUUGGCAAACCCAAUGAUUUCUACUGA